AUGCAGCAGUGCGACCGUGCGGUUCUGGUGUCGGUGAACGAGUUUGAGCCUGGGGUGGAUCUACGCCGGAGACCUGGAGCCAAACGAGACACCAAACGGCUCCACCGAGUCCUGAAGAAGCUCGGCUUCUGGGUCGAGAUCCACAAUGACCUACAGGCCCACGAGAUCUAUGAGCUGUUUCAGAGAGAGAGCAGCAAGGCUGUGCACCAGAGUUUCCUGGCAGUGUUGUCAUCACAUGGAGAGGACGGUUGUGUGUUUGGAUCUGACGGUCAACCCGUGUGGUUGUCCAGAAUCUUCCAGAUGUUUGACAACAAAGAGAUGGAGAGCAAAACCAAGAUGUUCCUGGUGCAGGCAUGCCGUGGUGAUGCCCUUGAUGAUGGUGUCCAAGUGGACUCAAGUGAGGAAGCGGAGUCCCUUCCGUCUCAGUAUUUCUCUCUUCCGGUAGAAACAGCAGUGAUGUAUGCAACAGUUCCAGGUUAUGGAGCCUACAUCAACCUGGAGGGUUCGGUCUUCCUGCAGACCUUCUGCUCCCUCCUGGAGGACCAGAACCAACGGCGACUGGAGCUAACUCGCCUGAUGACCCGCCUCUCGCACCACGUGGCCUUCCACUUCAGGGCUCGGGGUUCUGGUGUGGACGGGAAGCGAGAGAUGCCCUGUCUGCUGACGAGUCUCACCCGGGACGCCUUCCCCUUUGCUCCUGUCGACGGUAAAGUCGAUUACGGCACCAGACUGGUGUCGUUGGUCACCACAUUCAGGACUCGAACUCGUUCUAUCAGCUGA